AUGAAGUUCUCCUCCCACUUCCUCGCUGCUUCGAACCUCCUCCUCCUCCUCCUCCUCCUCACCUCCUCCACAUUCGCUAUUCCCACCGCUCAGCCAAACGCAGGAAACCUCAAGCGUAUUGCGGACUCGGACAUCAAACCUCGCGACGGCAGCGAACCCCUGAAAUGGGACGGGAAAUACUUCCACGAACCCGGUGGGGGCAAUGAGCUCGGCCACUACGACAUCCGCUACUUCACUGGCAACCCCGUUACCUACGAGGAGCGUGGACAGACGCUCUACCACCUCGUCCGCUCGUAUCUGACCGUCUUCCGGGACCGCAACAUCGAGACGUGGAUUGCCCACGGCACUCUGCUGGGUUGGUGGUGGAACGGCAAGAUCAUGCCCUGGGACUGGGACCUCGACACGCAGGUCUCGGGGUCGACGCUGGCCUGGCUGGGCGCGAACAUGAACAUGACGUUGCAUAACUACACCGUGUCCGCCGCGGACGGGACCGAGGUCUUCCGCGAGUACCUGCUCGAUGUGAACCCCUUCUCAGCGGUGCGAGUCCGAGGGGACGGUCAGAAUGUCAUCGAUGCGCGCUGGAUCGAUGUCCAGAGCGGGCUGUUCGUCGAUAUCACGGGGCUCAGCGAGACGGAUCCGAGUGCGCGGCCGGGCAUCUGGAGCUGCAAGAACUACCAUAGGUAUCGCACGAGGGACAUCUACCCGUUACGGGAGACGGAGUUUGAGGGCGUGCCGGCCUUGGUGCCGUACUCUUUUGAUCGCAUCUUGACGGAGGAAUACUCGGCGAGGGCCUUGACGAAGACGAAGCACGAGGGGCAUAUCUGGGUCCCUGAGCAAAGAGAAUGGAUCAAGCAGGAGUAUCUUGCCCAACACACCAACAGCCGCGGCCGCUCCACCCCUCACAUCCCGCGCGGCCUUCAAGCUGAAGAUAAGCCGAGGGCUGGCCUGGGAAACCUUUUGCGGGUACUGUAG